UGUACAUCCCAUUCGCUCAUAAUCUUACAACACCUUGAACAGAACUGUUCAAUUUCAAUACAUUUACGUCUUAUUUAAAGUGCAUAUACAAACCCGUUAUUUUUUUUUUCAAAAACAUGAUUGGAACUGCCACUGCAUUAAGUAUUUUAACGUUAUUGUUCUUCCCAACCGCAGAAGGUAGACAUUUUCGAUUCGAUUAUACAUACAAGGAAGAAAUUGACGGUUGGAUGAAGCUACACCGCGUACCGGCUACUUGGAAUGAAGCACGACUCCGAUGUCACGCUGAAGGAGCGGUUUUGGCGUCGCCACUAACGCAAUCAUUCCUACCCGUGAUGAGGAAGUUGAUGUUGGCAAAUAAUAUCACCCAGUGUGGAGCAUUUACCGGAAUUCAUGCGACGCUGUAUAAAGGUGUUUAUACUUCGAUAGAAGGUGUACCGCUCGCCAGACUUCCAAUACGCUGGGCGAUCGACGAGCCUGACAACUAUGAGAACAGCGAAGAGUGCCUGCUGUUACAACCUGACGGCACCAUGGCCGACGUCAACUGCAGUAACACCUUCCCCUUCAUGUGCUACAAGAAAAAAACCACCAACAUUGUAGCCACCGCAUGUGGUACUUCUGAUCCAAAUUACUAUCUGGAACCACGGACGGGCAGCUGCUAUAAAUUCCACCAUAUCUGCCAGACCUGGCACCGGGCUUACAUGACAUGCGAAUCUGAAGGUGGCCACCUCGCCAUCAUCAACAGCAACACAGAGGCACAAGUCCUGAAGGAGUUGUUUGCUAAGAACCCAACUGUAUUAUCACCCUGUAGUUACAAAGAUAUAGCAUCACUUGGUUUCUUGGAUUGGAAUCGUGACAAUUACUGCGAAACUUUGGAAGAUGCAGGCUAUGCGAUGUGGUCUAAAGGCCAACCGGAUAACGCGGUUACUCGUAAUAUACCACAACACUGCGGAGCGAUGUUUAGAACUGCUCUACUGGACGAUCACACAGUGGGUAUCACGACCACUGUCUUAGCUCUGCUGUGGGGUGUAAUUGUCGCGGAAGGCAGAUGGGAAAAAGAAUACCGGUUCGAUUAUACAUAUAAUGAGACGGUAAUCGGAUGGUUGAAACUGCACUACAUACCUGCCACCUGGGACGAGGCGCGUCUGCGAUGUCAUGCUGAAGGUGCUGUCUUAGCUUCACCGCUCGAUAAACCCCUUCUGAAUGCUAUGAAUGAUAUGGUCGCAAAAAGCACAAGCAAUACGAACUGUGGAAUAUUCAGCGGUAUUCAUUCGACGAUCUACAAAGGAGUUUAUUCGUCAGUGGAAGGUAUACCACUUUCCAAGAUCCCGGUGCGCUGGGCACCUGGUGAACCAGUAUCCGAAUACGACGAAGGUUGUUUAUUGCUAGUGUGGAAUGGAACUAUGGCCGUCGGUAACUGUACCGAUUCGUAUCCCUAUAUAUGCUAUAAAAAAAAAACUCAUUAUGUUAAACUUACUGCAUGUGGUACUGACGACAAGUAUCAACUGAAUACUAAAACAGGUAGUUGCUACAAAUUUCACAAUGUAUGCCAGACGUGGCGCCGAGCAUACAUGACGUGUGCUGCAGAAGGUGGACAUCUGGCCAUCAUCAACAGCCCAACUGAGGCUGAACUACUCAAAGAACUAUAUGCUAAACAUCCAGCAAGUAAUAUAUUCUGUAAAUACAAAGAUACAACGAUGGUUGGUUUUUUGGACUGGAGUAAAGAUGACUUCUGGUUUACUAUACAUGCCAAAUCUCAAGCUAUGAUUGUCGGUAGUGGCAGGCUGAGGUGUAAGUUGGAAUGGUCUCAGAUUCCUCCAUUGGUAUACGAGGGUACUGAGAUAUCUUAUACUGAUAAAGUGAAAAACUUAGGACUUAUUAUGGAUAGUACAUUGUCGUGGACCUCUCAUAUUAAUGACAUUAGUAGACGGAUAAUCACCACGGAUAUCAUAGAACACUGUGUGAUACCCAUAGUAUCUCUUGUGAGGCUGAUGAGGCGACUAAUGGAAGAAGAUGAAAUGAUCAAGAGAUGGGCAGCAGUGCCCCUCUUAAAACAGCAACAAAGCCUAUUUGUGGUUGUCAACCCGCCUGCCAAGUGUGACAACUACCAGCAAAACCUUCCUUUUAAGGGAGACCUAUGUUCACCAGUAUACGGUGAGACGCUAGAAGAAGCCGGCUAUUCAAAAUGGAACAAUGGUACACCUGAUAAUAAUAAAUUAGGCACCUUGGGACAACAUUGCGGUGGCAUGACGAGGAAUGGUUUGUUGAACGACGUUUGGUGCGACACUGUGCCAUUCUCAUUUAUUUGUGAGAGAAACCCACCUAUCCCUCUUUAUUAAUCUUUGCUAACUACAGUUAAAACACAUUAAUAUGUUCACACUUCUUUAGAAAGAAACGAGAUCAAUUUGGAAAAUAAAAAAGAAAUGUCUAUAAUUAUUAAAAAAAAA